UUUUGACAUCAAGCUUCAGACACCGACGCGUCACCGUCGGAUUUUAUUUAAUUUUGUAAUCAAAAAUUAGUGACAAAGAAAAUUGUGAUAAGUGUGAAUUUUAUACACAUCUUGGUGAUAUUAUUAGUGUUAAGAUUUGUUAUGUUAUUGUUGCAAAGUGAAAAAUAAAUCGAGCUUACCCUGCCUGCAGUGCGUGCCAAGAGCCCCAGAGUCCCAGCCAUUAGAUUGAGUGGAGUGCCCCCUGUGUCCACCCACACGUAGCCCCGUACGCAGCCAAAAUUCCACGAGACACUACGGACACUUCCUCCAGCAUGGACUUGGAGAAAGCUCCCAAUCUUCAUGAGGAAGACUCCAAAGUUACCCUCACUAUCAGACUGAUUAUGCAGGGGAAGGAAGUUGGCAGUAUUAUCGGAAAAAAAGGAGAAAUUGUCAAGAGAUUUAGGGAAGAGUCUGGAGCCAAAAUCAACAUUUCAGAUGGAUCAUGCCCAGAACGUAUUGUCACUGUCACAGGAAACACAAGUGCUAUUUUCAAAGCCUUCACACUCAUAUGCAAGAAAUUUGAAGAGUGGUGUUCCCAGUUCAACGAGGGUGGCGGCGGCGGAUCUCGUGCGCCUAUCACUCUGCGUCUUAUCGUACCAGCGUCGCAAUGCGGCUCCCUCAUCGGCAAAGGCGGCUCCAAGAUCAAGGAGAUCCGUGACGUCACUGGAGCCAACAUACAGGUGGCAAGUGAAAUGUUGCCAAACUCCACCGAAAGGGCGGUGACGAUCAGCGGCACAUGUGACGCUAUCACACAAUGCAUUUAUCACAUUUGCUGUGUCAUGUUAGAGAGUCCACCUAAAGGAGCGACUAUUCCGUACAGACCGAAGCCCAAUGUCGCAGGGCCCGUGAUAUUAGCAGGUGGUCAAGCUUACACUAUACAAGGAAACUAUGCGGUACCGGCUCAAGAUAUGGGAGGUUUAGCUAAGUCCCCAUUGGCCGGUCUGGCCGCCUUAGGGCUUGGCAGUUUGGGCCCAGCGAAUACUGGUGGACUAAACCCUGCAGCAGCUCUGGCAGCCCUGGCAGGGUCGCAACUGCGUACGUCGAACCAAUCGCGCAACCAGCCCACUUCCAAUCAACAAUCUCAUGAAAUGACAGUGCCCAACGAACUCAUCGGCUGCAUCAUUGGAAAGGGUGGUACUAAGAUCGCUGAAAUCCGCCAAAUAUCCGGCGCCAUGAUCCGGAUAUCCAACUGUGAGGAGAGGGAGGGCGGCAGCACGGACCGCACUAUCACAAUCUCAGGCAAUCCCGACUCCGUAGCACUCGCGCAGUAUCUCAUCAACAUGAGUGUGGAGCUACAGAAGGCGAACCUGGAGGGUAGCACGUCCGGCGGGGCGGGCGGCUCGUCCACCGCCAGUCCCCUCGCGUCCGCCAUCCCCCUCGCGCAGCUCCUCAGCAAGUCCGGCGCCCUCGGGGCCCUCAGCUCGCUGUCCGCCCUCGGCGGUCUCACUGACCUGCUGAGCGGGUCCGGGGCCCAGCCCGUGCAGACCACAGGCGUACACAGGAACCACAAGUCCUUCAAUCGCCGUCAAGACGACGACACCCCCUCUAAAUCAUCCAAAGAACGCAACAAAUACAAUCCUUACUAGGUCGGUUCGCGUUCGUCGGGUCUGUCUCGUUUCGCGUCGCUAAUUUUCUGGUUUACUUAUAGGUUUUAAGCGGACGAACAUAGUGGAUCUGCGCUCGAUUCGAUACGAUCGCGUAAGGUAAUAGGGAUGACGACUGGAUACAAAAAAAAAAAAGAAAGAUAUAGACAUAUUUUUUUGCUUCAAUAUAAACAGGUAUUAUGCAUUAAAAUUGAGGGAUGCGGGCACGCUACGUCACAGUUUGGUAGAAAAAGCGUGACGUCAUUUCCACUCAAUCUAUCGGCGUAAUUUAUUGUUUGCGCAAAAAAAUGUGUUUAAUAUUCUUCAAUAACAACCUGACGGAC